AUGGAUCUAACAACUCUCAAAUGGAUCCUGAUCACCGUGAUGGUUGUAAUCAGUCUCAUUUUCGGCUUUUUGCCAAUUAAAGUAUUUUUUUCCUAAUUUUUCUUAUGAAAAACAUUUUUUUUAGGUUAUACAUUUGCUAAACUCUAACUCACGACUCCAUCGAAGAUCUUCGCUGAUCAUCUCGCUUCUUUCGUGCUUUGCCGGCGGUGUUUUUCUGUCGGUUUGCUUCCUCGACAUGCUUCCCGAUGCGCUGUGAGUCACUAAUUGUUUCGUGAAGUAUGUUUAACAUAAAUAACGAUGAAAAAUACGUAAGCGAUGAAAAAUCUAAGUCUAAAAUUAUUACACCACGAAAUUGUAAACAUCACGACAACAUUUCAUGAUCUUUUUUUAACAAACAUAUCAUAAUCAAAAGCUAAGAUGACGUGAAACAUUGUACAAAAAAACGAUAAAUAGUAAAAAAAUUAAAUAGAAUGCUGUGUUGAAAUUAAUUUCCGCGAAAUGCAAAAUUAUCUCUGACUCUUUAAAAACUCAGUUGUCUUUUUCUUUCUUGGACGGCUAUUUCGAGUUUCGUGGAAUCAUUUUGAAACGGCAGAAAUGAAAGCAAUAAACGAGGAAAUUUGAAAAAAAAAAAACCAAAAGCGUCAAAAAUUUAUCCAUAGCGCUAAUUUGCCGUGAUUUUUCUUCUCGCGAAUUAUUUUACGAGAGUUUUGGUUUUCUUUUAUUUUGGAACUUUUUCCCUUUUGUUAAAGUUUUUUGUUUAGUUCCGAGUAUGCCGUCAGAUGUGAAUUGAAAAAACUCAAGGCGAGUGCACUUAAAUUCAAAGUUCAGCUUUAUUAUUUAUAUGAUGUUUAGGUCGCAAUUUUCAUAAUGAGUUCAAAAUUUUCAAAAAAAUAUAUAUUUCAUAUAAUUCUUACGUUGCUCCUGUAUAUUGGACUCGAAAUAAAAAAAAAUACGUUUAGAGAAGCCUGGGAAAGCGUCAAAGACCUCACAGGCUACAAUAGUGACUACCCCUUCGUACAGUUGAUGUGCCUUGGCGGCUUCUUCUUCGUCUACAUUUUUGAAGAACUCUCCGCUCUUUGCUUUGAUGAUCAUCAUCACGAUCAUGGGUAGCGCUUAUUUUGAGAGAACAUUCAUUAAAAUAAAAAAUUUCAGUCUUAAACCGGAGAAGGCUGAAGAGGUGCGGGAAACUCGCUCGAGGUUCGCGACAGUUGGAACAAUUUUCAACCCCAACGACACGAUUCUUCAACAGCGAAGGGUUUCGGAAGAGGUUUGUUGAUCGUGAAAAAUACAUUCAGUAAUUUUUUUUCAGUCGGUGGAAUACCACGGAGAAGGUCGUUUGAUCAAUUCGGUCGUUUUUGUGGGCGCCUUCUUGCUCCAUGUCACCUUGGAAUGCUUCGCUUUUGGAGUACAGGUUUGUAAACUUCAUUUUUAUACUCUUUUCAAUAAACUUCGUUCAAAGAUUAUCAAAAAUCACAAAAGGAGCUAUUCAGGAAGACACAGUUUCGGUGACGGCUUUGUUUUUCGGCAUCAUCAUUCACAAGGCGAUUGUCAUGUUCUCGAUUGGUAUGAAAUUGACCAGGUGGGCUAUUUCAUUCAAUAAUGGUUCUUAACUUUUUCUAUGGAUUUUUCAAGUUUUCUGUAUGAUUAUCCCUCUUUCAAAGACCCACAAAGUAAAUUACAGAAACCAUCCAAAUCGUUGGUAUAUCGUCGUUAUCUUGAUAGUUGUCAUCGCCGCGUUCAAUUUGAUGGGCGGAGCCGCGGGUAUCUUGGUUGAGGUAAUUUUUAUCGUUUUAUUAAUUUCUCAAGGAAUGAAAAAAAUUUCAGAACUCGAGUUUGAGCGAGAAAUCCAAGGACAUUUCGACGGCCGUUCUUAUGAGCUUGUCUUUGGGCACUUUCAUUUACAUCACCUUCUUUGAAGUUGGUUUUAAAUGGCAUUUUCAUGACAAUCUCUUUGGGAAAAAAAAGAAGAGCUCCUAGUUCAAUCAAAUCAAUCAAAUCAUUUAUUUUGUUGUUUUAGUCUGAUGUAAUCGACUAGGCGGUGAACAAGAACUUUGAAAGCUUUAAAGAACAACCGCCUUUGGCGAGCUAGAAGUCCAAACGUGUAGUCGAAAGAGUUGAAAGCAUGGUCUUACGGUCCUUCGCCUCGUCCUUCUGCGCGUAGUCCAUCCAGUUGCGCCUUGACGAGCUCAGAAUGUAGCAGAUCUUGUGCUGGAGCCCGGAGACCGUGCUCUAGGUGGAAGCCUCAGAAUGAGAGCGACCACUUCGAGUGAAGAUUUUACACGGAAUGAAGAUUUUACACGGAUUUUACACGGAAGUUAUUUUUUUUUUCCAGAUGCUCGCACCGGAACGCCAAAAUCAUCAUUCGAACAUUGCUCAAUGGUGUGCUGCCUUCCUCGGAUUCACUAUCAUUGCCAUAAUUAUGAUCUGGAGUAAUUAA